CUCUCCAGUCUGAUCUCCUCCGAUUUCUCUCCAUCUCUCAAUCUAGAAGUAAAAUCCAAAAAUUCUAUUGCCGCGAACUGAGGGAUGGAUACGACGGCUCCGGCGACGUUAGCACGGCCAGAGUCACUGCUUGGAGACAAACUGGUACUAAAAGGGUUGAAAUUUUACGGUUUCCAUGGAGCCAUUCCUGAAGAAAGGACACUGGGGCAGAUGUUUCUUGUUGACAUUGAUGCGUGGACGAGUCUGAAGAAGGCCGGUGAAUCAGACAACUUAGCAGAUACAAUCAGCUAUGUCGACAUUUUCAACAUAGCUAAGGAAGCUGUUGAAGGGUCACCAAGAAACCUUCUGGAGGCAGUCGCGGAACACAUUGCCUCCAAAACGCUUGAACUAUUUCCUCAGAUAAACGCUGUUCGGGUAAAGCUCUCGAAGCCAAAUGUUGCUCUUAUUAAGAGCACUAUUGAUUACUUAGGGGUCGAGAUUUUCAGACAGCGAAGGCACUAGUUCAAGGAACUGAACAACCCUCACAACUUGUGUCGUUGAUCAACUUUGUCGGAACACCAAGUUUAUUAUAUCCAUGUAUUUUUCAUUAUGUAUCAUCUUUAUAUGUCUCAAAAGCUUUGGACUGUCAUGUGCUGAUUUAUAUCUUAUUUUCUUAAUACUCUUUCGGAAUCAUUAUUUCUCUUAAACGAAUUUUCAAUGGCUAGCUGAAACUUGAGAGAUUGUAAAGCUAAGUUUUGAGACUUCAUAUAGAUGAGGAGAUGAAUAAAGUCGUCUUUGGCUAAA